GAGUGAGAAGGAGAGAGUGACAAAUACAGAGAGAAACUGAGAGAUUGUGGAGAGGAAGGGAGCCAGAGGAGUUUGUGUAUGUGUGAGCUUGACAGAGCGAGGGACGGAGAAAUACAGAGAGAGAGAGAGGAAGAGAGAAACAUAGAGACAGAGAGCUUGACAGAAGGAGAAGGACACAGGGAGGGGAGAGUGGGGAAGAGAGAGCGAGAGAGAGAAACAGAGAGAGAGGGGAGGGAGGGAAUGUGAGUGAGUGUGCGAGAGAAGGGAGAGAGGGAGAGAGAGGGAGCAGUAAACGAGAGAGGGAGAGAGCGAGAGAGAGACCAGGAGAGCCACGAGCUGCAGUCCGUCAAAAACUAGGCCUCAUGUGACUCUUUAGGAGAGGUUGAGUCUACUUUUAUCUGCGUGACACACCCCGGCUCUCUCUCACUCACAGUAGCCUAGCUGCUGCAAGGCUCCAGGACAGUACAGAGAGGCAGAAGGAGAGCAAGAGCAAGGGAAAGAAAAAAAAGAGAAAGAAACUUGGAGUGAGUGAGAGAAGACAAGUCAGUUAGAGAUGACCCAAGAACAGUGCCCUCAUAGGAACAAUGUACAGAGCUCCGAGAAACCGCACGUGUACAAGGUGGGCAUUUACGGCUGGAGGAAGCGCUGCCUCUACUUCUUCGUGCUGCUCCUGAUGAGCCUCAUCCUCAUCAACCUGGCCCUCACCAUCUGGAUCCUCAAGGUCAUGAACUUCACCAUCGAUGGCAUGGGUCACCUUAGAAUAACAGAGAGGGGUUUGAAAUUGGAAGGGACGUCGGAGUUCCUCCAGCCACUCUACGCCAAAGAGAUCCAGUCCAGACCGGGCAAUCCGUUGUUCUUGCAAUCCUCCAAAAACAUAUCCGUGAACAUCCUCAACAAUGAGAACCGCCUGGUCACCCAGCUCACUGCAGGAUCGCAGGGGGUCCACGCCCGCGCCAAGAUGCUGGAGGUGAAGUCGAGUUCGGGGAAGCUGCUCUUCUCUGCAGACGACCAGGAGGUGGUGGUGGGGGCAGAGCGGUUACGAGUGAUGGGAGCGGAGGGGGCAGUGUUCACCAGUUCUGUGGAGACCCCACAUGUGAGAGCAGAGCCCUUCAAGGAGCUGCGGCUGGAGUCGCCAACGCGUUCUCUGUUUCUGGAGGCUCCUAAGGGGGUUGACAUCCAUGCGGAGGCAGGGGACAUCAAGGCCACAUGCAGGAGUGACCUGCGCCUGCAGUCAGUAGACGGAGCGAUCGUCCUGGACUCCAAGAAGAUCAAGCUCCCGCGGCUGCCCAAGGGCCAGGCCUCCUCCACCCCCAGCAGACAGACUGUGUACGAGGUGUGCGUGUGCUCCAACGGCAUCCUCUUCCUGUCCCAGGCAGGCACGGGCACCACGUGUCAGAUGAGCAACCACGUCUGCAUCUAGGAUCUGGCUCUCACUGGGAUUGCUUACAUAGGAGUGACACACUGCUACAGUAAACAGACUCACCACUGUUGUAUGCAUAGAUGCACAUAUGGCCACACAUAGACAUACUCAAACAAACAAACAGGCAUUCACACACACCUUCACACACACACACACACACACACACACACACACACACACACACACACACACACACACACACACACACACACACACACACACGAACAUGCACACACAAACAUAUACAACACUUACACAUAAUUACAAAAAUCACGUUGAAAGAUACAUGAGGAGACAUAAUGACAGACACGCUCACGCACGCACGCACACACACACACACACACACACACACACACACACACACACACACACACACACACACACACACACACACACACACACACACACACACACACACCAACACACGGAAGUGAAUACAAACAAACUUAACGAGGAACUUUAUAACAUCCCCAUCAGAGACCUGUAGCAGAGGGGAAUAUUUUUAUCCAUUGCCCUGAAGACUGGGGUUUAUAAAGGAACAGGUCUCCCAAACUACAGCCCCGAACCCUACACGUGACGUCCACAUCCCACUUCAACAAAACAUCAUCCCACUUCUACACAUCCCACCACUAUAAACACACACCUGCGUAUGAUGUUGUGCCAGCGAACCUUGACCCAACACAGACUUAACAUCUCUCACAAUACACCACACGUCACAACCGGACAUACAGCCCAUUUCCCACAAUGCACUGUAACACACACCCUCAACCGGCCAUAGAGAACUUCUGAAUUUUUGAAUUUCCUACAUUUCCCACAAUGCAUUGGUACAGUAUUGAGCACCUUGCACAAGACACACCACUGUCGGAGGUGCUGCUUGGUUUUACCUGUUUGUGUUUUUUUUCGCUCUUUUGCUCGUCAUGUUUUGUACACGUUUUCGCCUUCGAUUCCGAGUGACAACACUUGAUUCUGCUCACAUCUCCCUGCUGCGGAAAAGUCCUUUUUUUAAAAAAAAAACAAUAAAGAAACAAACUAUGGAACAAACAAACAAACAAACAAACAAACAAACAGACAAACAGCAUCAGCACAUAAAAAGAGACCCAUAGCGAAGGAGUAAAGGAUAGAGAGAGAACAAGAUGUUGAUGUGAUGUUGUGGUGAAAAGCUCCAUGGAUACCUGUGGACAUUGAACUCUCUCUUUCUCUGACUUGGACAAAACAGACCCUUCCCACCACACAGACAGUAAAACGCACACGCGCGCACACACACACCCACAUCACACACAAACACACGAACGCACACACACCCACACACACACCCUGCAGCCCCCACAAGAGGACUAGCGUCUGUGCCUUAUCUGUCGUGCUCUUGAGGCAAAGGAGAAGCAAAUCCCACUGACUCUCUGUUCAGUUUUUUUGACAAAAGAAAAAGAAAAUGAUAAAACAAAAGAAAAAGAAAAAAGGAGUGCAUUUUAUUUUUUAUUUAUUGUGCUCUGGUCUUUGAGUAUGUUUAUGUAUCCUUUCAAGAGGAAACUGUGUGUGUAUAGCUGUCUGGAAUUUGAUUGGUCUGUAAUGCCACCUUAGCAGGUCUCUUGCCCUUUCUGAUUUGUUGGCAAACCAGUUGAAAUACAGCCAUAGCAUAAUCAUACAACAUGCCAUGUUCAUAGCUUCACAUGUCGGUCACUAUUCAUUAUAAACUGCAGGUAAUAUUGAACCGGUAUACUAACAAUGUUUCUUGGGUUGAUUUCCACCAGCUGAGACCUGGCCUGACUUUUGGCUGAAGUCUGCAGCAUCCCUCUCAGAUCUGAUUCAUAUUUGGCAAAGGCAAAAUUCUGAAUUUCCUCAGACCAGGUUACCAUUUGAGAAAAAUAUGUUUUGGUUCUGGAUUAAGGAAAGGUUGUGGAUUUUUUAAGUCUGCCAAAUGUAUUCAAAUACGUAAAUGUAGGAAGGUUUUCUGUACUUCAGUGCAACUCUCACCUCAAAAACCUUCCUAUAUCUGCUAACCUUUCUAAAGUAAUCAGAAGAGCGCCAUCAUCACCUUUGCUCAAAGUUCAGCUGACCUUUUUGCAGUCUUUUUACAUUGUAAAGAAGUGAUGGAAGAUGAUGGAAGAGUUUUCUUUUUUUUACUUUUGUAUUAUACACAUCGCUCUCCACACUCCAUUACUACUCAGUCCCUCUAUGUCUUUCGCUACCCUUUCCCGUCUUCUUGCUCUUUCUUUACUGUACCUUUCUCAGUGUUUUAGCCCUUUGAAAUGAUAAAGUCAUCCAGCACAAAGAUGUCGUCGUCUCUCGCUUCAAAUGUCAGCUGCUCUCCUCUCCCCAGUCAGGUCUCAGUCUUUUUCCUGAAGUCUUCUGUGCUUUACAAGAUCUGAGCUUUCAGUUCCGGGUCUGCACCACAGCAGGCCUACUGAAGGAACAUGGUGUGGAGCAGCCAUGUUUGAAAGAGUAAAAGUCCAGGCUACAAGUGUCAUUCAGCAAAAAAAAGAAAAAUUGAGGUCCUGCACGGUUUUCCUAGUUCAGUGCUGUUCACAAUCUGUUCAAAUACAGAUCCGAAACAGCCCACCAGAGAACAGUUCUAUAAUUGGCAAUGUAGUCAAAUAAGAGACAUCCUCUGCGCUGAACGGCAACUAGCAACUAGCAUAGUUCGAUGGUAGAAUGUAAACCUCCCUCCCGAAGCGUCAUACAGAUGCGGGAGCGUUGAGCUAUUGGUCUGGACCUUUAGCUCAGUGCGAUCGUAUGUGUUCCAAUUCAAGGGGGUUACUGUGAUUGGGAGGUUGUGAGUUCGAGCUUCAAGAGCGGAAGGCAUUAGUUAGACGUGGGGCGGGUUUCUCGAAACCUUAGUUGCUAACCAUGUUAGCUACUUUGUUGUUUGCAAUGCAAUUUGGCAUUGGCAACUACCCAAGUUGCUAACUGGCUAACAACUACGCUUUCCAGAAAUGCACCCCUGGACUAUAAAUCAUCCUAAAAAAGUUUUGUCAUGCUUUGGUUAUUGUAGUAUGUGUGCCCUCUUGUGGUUUACUCACUAACCCCCACCUUUGAGUCCAUGUUCACUUGGUCUAGUUCAUAUCAAUCAGGAACCAUAAUAAGCCAGAUAGAAGAGUGCAGAGUUUCAACACGGCCAUGUCUGAAUUUGAACAGGCCUGUGUCUCUUCGUUUCAAGGCAGAAGUUAAGAUGAGACGGCCUGUUAACUGCAUGAGACAUAAAUUGGGCCCCUGGUUUUGCUUUGGUUAAAUUUUUUAAAUCAACCAGGAUAACACUGACAUCAAACUUUCAUAUCAGCAUGCAUUAGUGAUACAGUAGAGACUGUGAAAAGUUAAUUCUCCCUUGAACUCUGUCAAACUUGCAACUCACCGCUUUCAUGAAAACACAAUGAUUUGGCCUUUGUUUUUCUAUGCUCAUUGUUCUUUGAGGUGACAAGACAGACACAUACACAGACAUGCGGAAGCUACACACCCCACGGAGGAGUAUCAUCUGAUCUAUUUAGCACUGGUCCUGUAAGAAUAAAAGUUUAAUAAAAAUAACAAUUAUUUUGAAAGAAAAGAAAAUCAGCAGAUGAUAUACCCCCAUCCUGGGACAGGGCUACAGUAGUCGUGAUUCAAAGGUGAAUGAUGCAGAGCAAGCCAUCUGUGAGUGUUGCAUAUGAGUGGAUUUGCUGUGUUGCUACAUAUAUAUUUUUUUGUUUUCGUUGUGGAUAUGAGAAGAUGGUUGUUGUUAUUGUUACUAUGAUUAUUCUUGAUGUAACUGAUCACAGUAUGUUUAUAUUUUGUUGCCUCACCUGUUACCCAAAUUGAAAAACAAAAUCAAUUACAUUUUUUUUCAGAGAAAUCCCAUUGCAUUGCACUUUGAAUGCUGAAUCCAGAGGAUAUUACCCAUAAGGCUAGGGAAGUCGACAGGGGAGGGUAAAUGAGUCUGUUAUCCCAGGCCCAGGGAGAGAGGGGGGCCCAGAAUGGGGUCCAUUUUGCAUUGUAUGUAUAGGGUUUGGGGCCCUAUAAGAUGACUUUAUGCCGGCCCCAGCCAAACCUGUCAACAGCCCUGUCUGAAUAUGACAUUGGUGUGACUCAGAGUAAAAAGCUUUGCUUCAUUGCUGACAAAUGGGUUGAAACUACCAGCAAAUAAAGAGGAAAUGAGUCAUUACGUUGCCUGUUGCCAGCUCAUGUCUGUCUUGCGGUCUCUAUAAAAUGUUCAAGAGAAUCAAAAAAGGGCACAUAUAACAUCAAAACAACAUGAAGUGAAACAUGAUACAUUGUAUCGUCAAGGGCAAUGAACAGAGGAAACUAACAAAAUCACAAAUAAAAUGCAAACAAUGCAGGGCAAUUUGUCCACUGAUUCAUAUCUGGAAGUAAUUGUUUAUGUAGCAUUUAAAAAUACAAACUCUGCAUGGUAAACUCUCUGCAAUUGGAGGAACAGAUGUGUUUAUUUUGUCCUGUUCAUUUCUACCAGGCCCUCAAAAAGCAGUGUUUCACUGUAAAAAUGUGAAGGUUUCUCAUGGAACCCCUAGCUGAUGUGUGGAGGAACCCCAAAGGUUAACCUAAAACUUAUUGGAAGAACCCCAAGGUUCCCCAAAAAUCUUAGGCGUUCUUCAACUGUGGCGAGUUUAGGUGAUGUUCAGUUUGCCACUGUGGUUGAACCCCUAAUGUUUCUCUUCGGAACCUUUUUUAGAAAGCCUUGGAGUUCUUCAACGGUUCGUCAGAGAACCUGUAAUGGUUCUCACAGAGUCAACUAGUUCUUUGAGGAACUUGUAAUUGUUUUACAGUGAGUACAUUAACCCUAAGCGGUUUUCUAAUAGAAGAGUCAAAGACUUACAACUUUAACUGGGUUAAUUAUUACAUCAUCGUUGGAAUACAGGAAGCCAGUCCUGACAAAUCCACACUUCACACCAUGAUGUUUGUUUUUAUUACAUUGUUAAUGCCUCCGUCCAUUAACACAGAUUUGAAGUUGAAAUUUUAUUCCAUAAAAGCAGGACUUUGUGAAAUAAUGUUGCAUUAAUCUGUUUUUUAUUUAAUUAUUGUUUUUUUCUUUGUGCAUAAUCAUUUUUUGAGUGCAAAUAAAACUGCUUUCUGACUGAUUUCCUGGUUAUUGUAAAAUGAAAGAUUUUAGACCUCUGAUGUUUAUUUUUGUAUGUAUGCUUUUAUGCUGAGUUCACUAAAAUGUGUGACAUAAUUGGAGAGGUGCACAAUUUGUCUCGGAAUACAUUGACCGUGUGGCUUUCUCC